AUGCCAAGGAUAACGAGUCGCAGCUCGCGCCGUGCUCCUCCGCUCAAGGACAGCGACUUUGACCACGAGAUCCACCUGUUUGACAAUGGGGACGAUGGGGACGACGGCAGCUCGCAUCUGGCGCCUCCGCCGGUGACCAUCACGGUGGCAUCCGAUGCUGGCAGCAGUGCGGCUGAGCAGCCGUCCUUCCGGGUCCCUCCUUCAUCACCGCGUGGCCGCAGCGAUCUACGACCAGCUGCUGACGCCGGCGUCGAGACGGCCGAGGCCGUGGACGUGCUGUACGAGAACGAGCGCGGCUGCUUCCUCUGCGGCGUCGCGCUCUUCUCAGCGCGGGCGCUCGGCAAUCUCGACCCGUCGCCCUGGACCAACGCGGCCAACAGGACGAGCCCGACCGACAUCCGGACGGCCCAGGUGCCAGACCCGACGUGGCAGUGGGCCUGGCCGGCCUGGCGCAUCAGCCACGACGACGGCACCGAUGAGGACGGCUGGCAGUACUCCUUCAUGUUCGCUCGGCCCUUUGCCUGGCGCGGUCCGACCUGGUACAGCUCCUUUGUGCGCCGCCGCGUCUGGACCCGCAAGCGCGUCAAGCGUGCCGUCCUGUCGGCCACCGCUGCCGGUGACGUCCCUGCCCAUCCCCACAUGCUCACCCCGGACUACUUUGUCGUCUUGCCGGCAGCCGAGGCACGCCGCAGCUCUAGCAGAAGCAUCCGGGACAGCAGGCCGAGCACAGCUCGGUCCAGCAUGGAUACGGGCCAGCUGGACGGCGCAGGUCCGGAGGAGGCGGACGAGGGGGAGAACGAGAUGGAAAACGGCCAAGCCGGAACGGAAAUAGACGACUCCGACUCCUCCUUCAUGGCCAUGCCAGACGUGUUUGACAACACGGACGUGCUGAUGCGGUUUCUGCACAGCGCGCGCAUCGACCGCGAGAAGAUCGAGGCGGUCGAUAACUAUCUGGCACACGCGGGCGAAGACCUGGUGCGGCUGCAGGACGUCAUGCACGAGAUCAUGGCCCAGUUCGUCUUCCAGGCGCCGCGACGGAAGCUGCUGACUCAUCUGACUGCAGCCUGCGACGCGGCCGUGGAGGUCCAGGACCAGGAAGCGAAGGGAGGAGAGGAGCAAGGCAUCGACGAGGUGCAGCAGCGGCAGACAAUGAAGCGCCGUGUCGGCUAUCUCGCAGCAGCCGUGAGACACGCCGACGAAGAGGUGCGCCGGCUGGAGUACUGGAGCGACGUCAAGGCCGUUCCGCAACACGUAUAG